GUGGUUUCCUCCUCCAAACUAAUUUUGGACUUCAGUUUCUUGAUGUCAUCAGAUGAUAUUCCAGGAUUCUAUUAUGACUCUGAGAAGAAACGUUAUUUUAAAAUCAGUAAAGAAGAGCUUCCCGAUUUUGUUACUCGUGGUACUGUGAAUUCUAAGCGGGCUCACAAUGAAAGCGCUCGUAUCGCUCGGGAUUUGUUAAGUCGUUGCGCAUCCACUCCAUCUUGGACUGCAUUGCAACAUCUUGGCCUUCGUGAACGAAUGUUGAAUCGCUCUUGGGACAGCUCCUAUCAUAAUCUCCUUCAAAGCCACGUGAAGAAUAUGCGUCACCAGUUUACUUCUAAUCUGAUCCAUGGCAAAUGUGUUCUGUCACCAGACACUCGCAAGCUCUUUGUUCUCACCGAGACAUCCUCACAAUCGUGCUCUUUGAUCAUGUAUUCAACCUCCUACGGUUCUAGUCGCGUUCGCUGCGAGGUGAAACCUCGAUUUACCUACUCGGUGGAGCAGCAAUAUGUACUCCCACUUUCAUUUCAAGGCCUGGACUUAACCUGGAUCGAUCCAGGUCGCAAGCUUGCUGUCCUAGCUUGCAAAUCCGGGCAACCCAUUGUGUUGGUGCUGAACACAGAUGAUGGACUCAGCCAAAUUUUGGGCAAUCUGUUACUACCUCUACGAGCUUGUGCACCGAUGCAUUUUGUGGAAUCCGCGAGGAGCACAGAUUGCUCCUAUCCUUCAUCAUGUGAUAAUUCAUCUCAAGAUCCACUGCGGUUGUUCGUCCGAUGUCAGAAUAAACUGUGCUUUUCUGUAUCCCGCCUUUCGAGCUCAUUGGAUUUGGGGUGCAUUAUGACACACUCCAUUAAGCCCACACGGACCGCAUCCUCCGUUACGGCCUGCUGCGAGGCCUCCACGUUCCCCACUUCUGAUGCCUCCCUAUUCUACGUGGCAUCCUCCAUCUCCGGUUCUCACUCUUUGAACCUGCUUCAGUUCUCCUCCUUCUCCAUUCAACGAAAUGAACGGCUUCUUACAUUUUCUGUUUCAUCUCCCUCCUGCACAACUUCUGAUCAAUCAGACCUGUCUGUCACUUUUCUCCGCUCACUGGUAACUCCGUCGGGACACCGGUACGGCCUUUUAGUGGGCCGUCGUUGCGGCUUGUUACAGCUUUGGGACGAGCGCUGGCCAGCCUGUGCUGCUGUGGAAUAUCACGGUUCGGACGCUGGUUCAUUGUGUCAUCUGGCCUCCCAUCUCCCUCCCAUUCCUUCGGUUCCCACGCUGGAAAGUGAUAUGGUGGCUGUUCCACUGGUAGCCUCGGCACACAUCGCCCUCUGGACCCUACGGACUGGCAAGCCAAUCCACGUGCUCGAGAUUCCACAGAACGAGUUACGUGCAGCCCAUACUCCACCUCCACAAAUUUUCUUCCGGCCCGGUUGGUCCCAGUCACCUGUUGGAAUAUCCAACGGCCCCACGCUGGUGGCUGUGGAACGUGGAAAAUUGUACUGGUUUCAUGAAGGGCGCUCCGUGCCCAGUUUGUAUAAUACCCUAACUUAACACGUUCUUUCGAUCAGUAAGCUUCCGUUCGUUUUCACCUUGUCGAAUGUGGGUAGUAGUUCAGAUAGGAUCACAUCACAUCUGUGGCGUUUUCCCUUGUUUCUCGAAAUGUUUCGCAUUACGUUUCCAUUUGCCGGAGGAUGCGUUUGACAGAGAUUGCACAACGAACGAAAUAAUACGGAGUCGGAAGUAUACACUUUAUUGAUCUAACAAUGAAAGUACAUCAACUGAAAAAUAAAAGAGUUGAUUAUGAUGAAAUAUGUGAGAGGGCAAGUGAAUGUGCAGGACAUUAUGUAUGUACGUAUGUGUGGCGUCCUCACGGCUAAUUUACUGAUCCGUUUCCAUUCAUUGCCUG